CUUCGAAGUUUGUUGCACGAAAGAUGGAUUGUUUUAAAUAAUUAAUACGUAUUUGUUUUAUAUAAUGUGUUUAAAUGUUUUUGUGUAAAAUGUGAUUGUGAUAUGUUAUUUGUGAUAUUCUGAUAAAGAUGGCUGAAAUACUUCUUCAACGACGAAAAGUAGCAGCGGUGCUAAUCGAACCAAAUCCUUUAAUAAUAUUAUUGAUUAUUUCUUUGUUACAACUAUGUGUGGCUCAAGUUAUAAACAGAGCACCACAUUUCAUCCCACAAACUGGAGAUAUGUCAAAAUUCAGUUUACCCGAAAAUACUCCCGUAGGAACGCCAGUUUAUCAUUUAAAAGGCAUUGAUCCAGAAAAUGGUCCAUUAAGGUAUUCCAUAUCGGGGCAGUACUUUAGUGUGGAUUCUGCAACUGGUGUCGUCACACUGGCUAAGUCUUUAGAUAGAGAGGAGCAAUCGGCGCUAGAAGUCAUAAUCAGUAUUACAGAUGAAGGUAUGGAAGACACUGAACCCAAUACAGUAUCUCUCCGACGCGUCAUACCAGUGAGAGAUGUAAACGACAACCCGCCUAUAUUUCACAACAGGCCCUACAUAGUCAAUAUAAGUGAAGCAACAGCUGUUGGAACUGAAAUCGAGGUCUCUCCGAAAAUAAGAGUUACGGAUCAAGAUGAAGGUGAAAAUGCAAAUAUAAAAGUAACAUGCUCUACCAAAGAGAGGGGAAGUGAUGCUGAGGCCUGUUCCGUCUUCAGAAUUGUUACAGAUAUGGUAACACCAAACGAAUACCAAGUCAGAAUCUUCCUAGCGAAACCACUAGAUUUUGAAAGUCGCUCUGCUUACAUAAUAUCACUGGAGGCUUCAGAUGCAUCAGACAAACCUCUUCGAGCCACAGCUAGCGUAUCAACAGCGAUCCGAGAUGUGCAAGAUCAACCUCCGGUAUUUGUGAACGCGCCAUAUUCGGCAACAGUUGCUGAGAAUACUCCACCGAACACAAGUAUAAUGGAAAUCGUAGCCAAAGAUGGGGACACGGCCAAUCCACGCCACGUGCUGUUGACUAUAGAGGGCGAUAUCUUACAUUACUUCAAGCUGGACCCGGAGAGGUCUAUUGGCCGAGCCACACUGAUCACAACGGAUGUUCCUAUAGAUAGAGAAAGCGAUGUAGUAGUGCAAAAUGGGGGUGUUUACAGUUUUUACGUAAAGGCAACGGAAUUAAUAAACAAUGAAGUACCAUCCGAUUCCACAGUCAUUCCUGUAACAAUAAUAGUGACAGAUGUUGACGAUCACAUACCCCAAUUUAAUCGGGAUGUAUUCGAUAUUUCGAUACCUGAAAACAUUGAAAAUGGAAGUCCCAUCCCAGGUUUAUCAAUAUAUGUCGAAGAUAAUGACUUAGGGCAGAACAGUAGGUAUGAUUUAAAGAUUCGAAAUGUUUUUAACUCUGAGGAUGUUUUCUCCAUAAGUACAGAUCAUGGUGAAGGAAGAACACCUAUUAGCAUAAAAGUAAAGGAUUCAUCUAAAUUGGAUUACGAUAUUGAUGAUGAAGAUAAACGAUUGUUUAAAUUCGAUGUUGUUACCUCAGUAAAUAAUAAAGAACUUUCAUCUGCAAGAAUUAACAUCAAAUUGUUAGAUGUUAAUGAUAACGCUCCAGUGUUUGAUGAACCACAAUAUAAAUUUAACGUAUCCGAAAGUGCUCCAGUUGAUUACAAAAUUGGUGAUGUACAAGCAACAGAUAUAGAUUACGGUAUAUUUGGAGAAAUUGAGUAUUCUCUUACUGGAUUCGGGUCACAUUUAUUUAAGACUGAUAAAAAUAGCGGGGGAUUAUUUGUAGCAAAUAUAUUGGAUUAUGAAACACAAAAAAGUUAUAGCCUAACAUUGUUUGCAAAAGAUGGUGGAGGGAAAGGAACAACUACGAGUAUUUUUGUUGAUGUAUUAGAUGCGAAUGAUAACGCACCUGUUUUUGAGGCUUCAGAAUAUAGUCGUACUAUCAGAGAUGGUGCUACUACUUUCGAACCACAGCUCGUAGUACGGGCAACUGAUAUAGAUGGUCCGUCUCAAGGUGGCGGACGAGUGCGAUAUUCUUUGGAGUCAGACAACAGCAUCGCGCACAAAGGAAAUGUGUUUGCAAUUGAUGAAGAUACAGGAGAGAUCACCAUCAUGACCAAAGUUGAGACGAUGGACACUCCAAGAGGACAGUACGAAUUAGUCGUUAGGGCUACUGAUUACGGAAAACCAACAAAAUUUAACGAAACGAAGGUUUAUAUAAGGGUAGGUGUACCUGGAAACCAGCGACCGACAUUUAAAGGCAAUUAUCAUCACUAUAAAUAUAUAGUUAAUCAACGAAAUCCAGAGAGCAAUGAAGAUUUUACAUUCGAUCUAAACCCGAUGAAUUAUAAAGCUAGUAUUAGAGAAGAUGCCUCACCUGGACAAAAUGUUACUACAGUUGUAGCUAGCGACCCUGAUGGCUUGGACGAUCUACUAACAUAUCAUAUCGUAUCUGGUUCUAAAGAUAAUUUUGUUAUUAAUGAGCGAAGCGGCUUGAUAACUGUUUCCAAUGAUUCAAAUCUUGAUCGGGACGUAAAUCCAGACCGCUAUGAAAUAAUAGUUUCUGCUGUAGACAGUGGCAUACCAAUUCCAGAAACAGCGACAACUACCGUCUUUGUAACAAUACAGGAUGUUAAUGAUAAAUCACCGAAAUUUAACGUUACUGAGUCAACAACAUACAUAUCUGAACGAACUAAAGUAGAUGACGUUGUUACUAAAAUUAAUGCUCAUGAUUCAGAUUUAAACGCAAAACUUAAAUUUAGUCUCAUUGAACCAAUUAAAGCAUUUUCGAAAGCAGGUGUCCAGCUAAAACCGAAUUCGCCUUAUGAUUACAAAAAUAUAUUUAAAAUUGAUGAAGAUUCUGGUGAAAUAUUAGUUAAUGGUAAACUAGAUUAUAGUCAAACGUCUAUAAUAAUUCUUACUGUAAAAGUAACAGAUAUCAAUGCUGAAAUAAAUAAAGACAAACAAUUUGCUGUAAUGGAACAUACGAUAUACAUUCAGCCGUAUGCUGAUAAAAAUCCACAGUUUACAAAUCCAGGCUGGACUAGCUCUAAUCCAGUAAUACAUCACAAAGUAAAAGAAGAUCAGCCUAUUGGAAGUACAGUGCUUGUAUUAAUGGCAGAAGAUCCAACAUCAGGUCAUAUGGUGUCCAACUUCAAAGUUAUAAAGUCGCAGACUGGCUUACUACAAGUAGAUCCUUUGAGCGGGCAAGUAGUUUUGACUAAACAUUUAGACUACGAAGAGCUGACUAAUGCAAAUUUGACCCUUACUGUUCAAGCUACCAGUAACGAUGGUAGUAAACACAGCACAGCAAAAAUAAUAAUCGAAGUUUUGAAUUUAAAUGAUAACGCGCCAGUUUUCGAUAAAGAGCUUUAUAAAGUGAGUGUUCUAGAAUCAAUAAAACACCCGGAUCAAAUAAUAACGGUGAAAGCUAUAGACAAUGACGCAGUUUUAACAGAAGAGGACAAAGCAAGUGGGUAUGCUGAUGUUCGGUACACAUUGAGAGGAGACAAUGCAGAGCUGCUAACUAUUAACAAUAUCACUGGAGUCAUUAUGGUAGCUCCAAAUAAAACAUUGGAUCGUGAACGCCAAUCUGUUCUGCGCUUAGAAGUGGAAGCAUUCGACACACCCAAAGGUGGGGGCGAUCGUCUCAAAUCUGUGGCUACUCUUCUAAUAGACGUGUUAGAUGUAGAUGAUAACACGCCGGCCUUUGACAAGGCUUUGUAUACAGCUGUCGUACCAGAAAACGUUCCAAUGGGUUUUACAGUUACAAAGUUAACAGCAACUGACCCAGAUGAAGGUCUUGGUGGUGAAAUUACAUAUGAAUUUUUAGAUGAAGGUGAAGCUAAUGGGCUCUUUGCUAUCGAUGUCGCCACGGGCGUGGUGAGCACGCGCGCCGCACUCACAGGCCGCGGACGUACGGCGCCCUACCGUUUACUGGCAGCGGCUACGGACGGUGGUGAGCACCAGGCGGUUGCAUCACUUGCGUUAUAUGUGGGCGACGUCAGCGCUAAUGAUGGCGUACCCGCCUUCAUCAGACCUACGCCUGAGGAGGAGCUUAGUGUUAGUGAGAACGCAACAAUUGGCACGACAGUAUUUCAAGUGGUUGCGACCGACCCCGAUGAUCCCACGCAGCCUUCCGGACAACUUGUUUAUUCGAUACAACCAAGUAACGCCGACGCAAAAAUAUUUGCCAUCGAUCCACACACGGGAUUAAUAACGACACGUCAGACGCUAGAUCGUGAACGUCAAUCACAGUACACAUUAGUAUUGGUGGCAGCGGACGGCGGGCGGCCGCCGCAGCAAACCUCACGCGUAGUGCGCGUACAGGUGACUGAUGUGGACGAUCAUAGACCGCGAUUCGCGAGAGCUCUGGACGAUCCGCCGGUCUUAAUAGCUACAAAUGAAGAAGUUCCAAUUGGAACUGUGAUUGGACAGCUUGAAGCUGUUGACGAAGACAUUGGCGAAAAUGCUGCUAUAGAUUAUACGAUAACAGCGGGAAAUGAACUAGAAUUGAUUAAAAUAAAACGCACGAAUGAUAGUAAAGCACUUCUAAUUGCGGCUGCAAGAUUGGACAGGGAGGCUGUUUCGAGACAACUGCUUACUGUAAAAUGCUUCAAGUAUGGUACCAAGCCGAGACAUAGUAAAUCUUAUAAUAGAUUGGACCCGACAGAAAUCCAGGUGGUCAUUAAGAUACUGGAUAUAGACGAUCACCUUCCGGAAUUCGAAAGCACCAAUAUGACGAUUGGCGUCCGUCUUAACGUGCCAGUAGACACCGUCAUAGCCACUGUUAAGGCCAUAGACAAAGAUCCUGAUGCACUCAUCAUAGAGUAUAAAAUCAUAAACAUGACUUUCGAAUCGCCUAUAAAGUCCAAAUCAUCGAAUAAUGUUACUGAUGUUAUUGUAGUAAAUAAUGUGACUGGAGAAAUCAAGAUAAUGAAAAAUUUAAUACAUUAUGCUGACGGUAUAUUCAGAUUAAUCGUACGUGCAAAUAAUUCUAACGAAACACAAAGAUACAGUGAUCUUUAUGCUGAAGUUGUGGUAGUGCGCGAACGCGACUUGUUGAGGCUGGUUGUACCUGACGGACGCUCCCGCCUCGCUUCCCUGAAGGAACAAAUUUCUAAAAUUCUUGAACCCCGCAACUUGAAACUGCAAAUACACGACUCUCCACAUGCAGCUUUCUAUGACAACGUCGGGCCGUGCUUUCAAUUCCGCAAGACGGACACAGGGGAGGCGCUGACCCCGAAGGCAACGCGUGCCGCUAUGCGCUCUGCGGGAGACGAGUUGCAAGCGGUGUUAUUGGAGCAUGGCGUGCGCGGCGUGGCGGGUUGCGGGCCCUCGCGCAGCACGCAGCACUCACCGGCACAGCGCGCGCUAUUGCUUUUAGCCGCUGCUCUGCCACUCGCUGCGCUCACUGCUGUAAUAGCGCUGUGCUGUCUACGUUCCAGAGCUAAGAGUCGCAUGCGCGCCGCGCUGCACGCAGCGCAUGACGUACCGCCGGCCACCCGCGCGCCUCGCCUGCUCGCCGAGCCGCUUUACUCUACGUGACAAUUCCAACGUGGCACUUAUUUACAUACCUUACCACGCUUAUCUUAUAUACAUUACGUACUUAAUUCCCAAAUUUAUAAACAAGUAAUUUACAAAAUUCAUGUUUAAUGAGCCAAUUUAUAGAUAACACUUUACAAUGAAUUUACACUUUUUAAAACAUUUCUAUCAGAACAUAGUUAAAAUAUAAUCGUCAAUAAUUUUCAGAUACUGAAAUUGCCGUAAUGGUUACAUAACAUAAGAAAAAUUUAAUAUUAGCUGAACUCGUAUGAUGAAUUGAUUUAAAUAAAGAAUAAUUUAAAUUAAAUAAUAGAAAGACGUAAGAAACAAUAUGCGUAAAUAAUUGUGUGUGUUUGAUUUAAGGCGGUACUUCAAUUGGCUUUGCAAUUCAAUUGUAUUUACAAAUAUAACAAAAACGGUAUCCGUUUAUGGACUUCAUCCACAAAUAACUCAAAUAGGUAAAUAAAUUAAUUCAAUGCUACUGAGCGGACCAGUUGACCACGAUAAACGCAAACAUUUACUUUUUUUUUUAAAUAUAUACUCUGAUGUGUAAUAACAUUUUUAGAAUUUGACGGAAAUACCUCAUUUCUAUUCGCGUCCAUAAUUGUAUAAUAUUAUAAGCAUAUUAUCGUAUUCGGACAAAUGAGGCAAAAGCGCGGAACGCUAUACCAAAUAAUACCAUUAAAUUUUCUUGACAAAAAAGAGUCAUAUUUGCUAACAAUGCCUGCACCUAAACCUGCACUGUCGUAGGCACUGUAUAUUUAAUUACCUUUAAAUUAUUAGUAAACAGUCGUUAAAAGAAUAUAUUUUCAAUUUAUAAAAAAAAAAUACUUCGAGAAGACUAUAAUAUUAUUUAUAGUUUGAAUAUAAAAUGUUGUAUCUUUAUAAAUAAAUAAUAAAUUUCAAGUUGUCAAUAAUAAAUUUAAUUAAGUAUUGAAAUUCUUUUAAAAUAGGUAUUUUUUUUUCUUUCUGAACCAAUAACGUUUCAAUAACUAAUUAAUGGGUGUAUUCUAAACAAACCACUGGGUAAUAUAUUUAUGUAAUUGCUGCGGCUUUGCGCUGUAUUUCUUUACUUUACCUAUUUCGUAAGAACAAACAAGUCAGAAAAUUAUGUGUGACAUUUACUAUAAUAAUUGUAACAUUUACGCGUCAUUAUAGCCUAUCCGUACCAUAAGUCAGUUUUUAACAUUUCAAAAGUGGCAUACAUGAUCUGGGCUAAUUCUACUAUUUUAUUUUUUUGACUUUCUACUAAAACUAAGAUCGGAAUAGAUCGUAGUAUAAAUUAUCAGAAUUUGGCCCCAGUUACGAUUCAACUGAAGUUUAUUUUUGUAAGGAAUUGAAUCGGGAACGAUUCGUAAUCUUUUUAAAUUAGCAGAAUUUGACCCCUAAUUAUAAUGUUUAAGAAUUAUACGAAAAUAAUAUAAAAUGUAUUAUAAUAUUAUAUGUAGUUAUGUUAUUUGUAAAUGACCUUGACAUAAAAACAGUUUGUACAAAUAUUUCUACGAAUCUGAAGUGAAUAUAAUUAUAUUGUGAUAAUUUAGUUAGAAGUUAAGUCUAAGUCACAACAAUAUAAAUAUUAUUUUAUUUUUCCUUUAAGAAUAAUAAUGAAAAUUUAUCUUUGUACAUAGAAAAUAAAAUAUUAGUGUUUU